CCUCUUACUAUAUCCACACAAAUUCAAUCAAUUAACUUUGCUUUUGCUUUUUCAUCUAUCUGAAUAAUAAUUCUAUCAAUGAACUUUGCUUUUGCUUUUUCAUUUAUCUGAAUAAUAAUUCUAUCUUUCUUUCAAAACAAAACCCCUAAGAGACAAGCAAUCUUUUCAUGGCUAUUGCUGAACUGUUACUUGGCGCAUUCAUCACUGUGUUGUUUGAGAAGCUGGCCUCUGGUGACUUGAUCAGGCUUGCUCGAUCAGCAGGCAUCUAUUCUGAGCUAGAGAAAUGGAACCAGAAAUUGGCCCAAAUCCAAGCUGUCCUUGUUGAUGCUGGGGAGAAACACUUAAGACACACAUCUGUUCAGUUGUGGCUAAACAAACUCCAGCAUUUGGCUUAUGACAUAGACGAUAUACUAGAUGACAUUACCACUGAAGCAGCACGGCGCCACACAGAAUCUUCUGUCGGUACCAGCACUAGUAAGAUGGCUCGUGACAAAAUGGCAACCAAAUUGCUCGCGAAUCUAUAUGAAGAGGCACACGUUUUUUCUUUGUCAGGUUUUUCAAUCACUUCCUUCUUAGACAAAAUUAAGCAUUUAGUUUUGUUGAAUUCAGGUAAAAGGCGAGGGCAAUUAUAAUGAGUUAAAAUGAUUCUCAGUUACGCAGUUUGUGUUAUAAAUGAGUCCCUCAAAACUUCUACGGUAUGACUAUGAUAACAUUUUAGUUUUCUGGAAUCAUUUAAAGUUUCUGUCAAUAUGGAGAUUGUUUUUUUGAGA